AGCUUUAUCCUCACCAUGCUCAAGCGGCUUGCACGCCCCAGCACGUCGCCAUGGGUAUGUGCACAAUGCCUCCAGCACGCCCAGCGACAGCGCCCCCGCCGCUUCAACAGCGCCAUCGCCCACGCACGUGACGCGAGGUCCGCUCUGCCGCCGUCCGCUGCCCUCUACGGCCUCUCUGCCAGCGGGAAGACAGACGACGACGCCCUGCGCAACGUCUUCGACAAUGCCGCCUUCUGGGACACGUUCCGCCGCGCGUCCAAGAGCAAGACGCAGGCAGGCAUCAUCGGCAACAAGUACCUCACCCACCCGGACGGCUUCGUCGACUUCGUCACCAUUACCAUCCAGCGCUGCAAUGCUGUCGUGCAGAAGGUCGCCGACGCCGAGGCGAUAGCAGACUUCAAGAUGCUCGUCAAGGAGCUGGACAAGCUGAGCGACCUGCUGUGUCGUGUCAUUGACUUGGCCGACUUCGUUCGAGGCACCCAUCCGGAUCGCAAGUUCCAGAUCAUGGCCGUCAAGGCCUACCACACCGUCUUCCAGUACAUGAACCAGCUGAACACGACCCCUGUGCUGUACGACCAGCUGCGGAAGGCCUCGGAGAUAGCCGAGGUGUACGAGAGCUGGUCUGAGGAGGAACGCAUUGUGGCGCGCAUCCUGAUGGAGGACUUCGCGCGAUUCGGCAUCGGCCUGGACGAUGCGACAAGACAGCGGCUGGUCGAUAUGAGCGGUGAGAUCGCUGAGGUGGGGGCGCAGUUCGUCGAAGGAAUGGCGCCGGAGACGUUGAAGCUGAAGUUCAGUUCAAAGAGGAUGAAGGGAAUCGACCCGAACCUGGCAAAGCAGUUGACGAGAUGGGGCGAGACGACGAUAUCAACAAUGCACCACGAAUCGCAGUCGGCGCUACGGUUUGUCGAAGAUGCCGACGUGCGAAGAGACGUAUACUCGGCCGUCCGGACAGCCAGCAGGUCCAGCAUAGCGCGCCUGGAGAAGAUGCUGAAGCUGCGGGCUGAGCUGGCAAACGUCUCGGGUUACGAGACGUUUGCACACAUGACACUGGAGAACAAGAUGGCAAAGACACCCGAGGCAGUAGAUCAGUUCCUGAACGCGCUGUACCAGGACAAUCGGCCAGCGGUCAUGGCCGAUCUCGACGAACUGAUCGCUCUGAAGAAGAGCGACGCACACCAGGAUAACUUCCCCAAUCGCAUAAAUGCCUGGGACAAGUUCUACUACACUCAGAAGAUGCUCGCGACAAUGGAGGGCGCCUACCGCCAGCGCACGCCCGACACCCUCUCUUCGUACUUUUCCGUCGGCACCGUCCUGCAGGGCAUAUCGCGCCUCUUUGACCGCCUCUAUGGCGUACGCUUCGUUCCGCGCGAGACACAACCUGGCGAAGUAUGGGACGAUGGUGUACGGAGGCUGGAUGUCGUCUCAGACACACAAGGUCAUAUCGCCGUCUUGUACUGCGAUCUUUUCUCACGGCCUGGCAAGACACCGAACCCGGCACAUUUCACACUGCGCUGCAGCCGCGAGAUUCUGUCGUCCGAGAUUGCAGAGAUGUCGCACAUGGCGCAUCGCUUUGACUCUCCCAUCGAAGCCGCGACAGACGGCAUGUCUGUCGCCUACAAUGCAGAAACGGACAGCUACUUCCAGCUCCCCACCAUAGCACUGAUCUGCGACUUCCACAAACCCAUCCACCCCGGUCGACCAGCAUGUCUGAACAUCCACGACGUGCGAACUCUCUUCCACGAAAUGGGCCAUGCCCUGCACUCCAUCCUCGGCCGCACCGCUCUGCAAAACGUCUCCGGCACCCGCUGCGCAACAGACAUCGCCGAGCUCCCCUCCGUCCUGAUGGAGCAUUUCGCCUUCUGCCCCGAAGUCCUCAGCCUGUACGCGCGCCACUGGGAAACCGACGCCCCCCUACCAAUGCAAGCGCUCGAGCACCGCCUCGCAAUCGACAACCGCAACCAGUACACCGAGCUCGAGAGCCAGAUCCUGCUCUGCAUGCUCGACCAAGCGUACCACUCCACACUCCCCAUGCAGUCCGACUUCAACUCCACAAAAGUCUACCACGAUGUGUACAACAAGUACGCCUCGGUCCCUGAACCCGCUGGCACUGCAUGGCAGGGCUUCUUCGGGCAUUUAUUUGGGUACGGAGCGACGUAUUACUCGUACCUGUUCGACCGGGCGAUAGCGGCCAAGAUCUGGAGCGAUGUGUUCCAGAAGGAUGGGCAGAAGGGCAGCUUGGACCGCAGCAACGGCGAGCUGUACAAGAACGAGUUGUUGCGCUGGGGUGGCGGGAGAGAUGGCUGGCAAUGUCUUGCUGGCGUGCUCAAGGAUCCGAAGUUGGCUGAGGGCGAUGAGAGUGCGAUGAGGGAGGUGGGGAAGUGGGGGAUUAGGGAGAGUGUACGAUAGGUGGGAGAUGUGCUGUAUAUAGCGUGGUUGUCCUGUAUAGAUGUAUAUACCAAUCUUCGGAUUCCUUGUGCAGUAAAAGUUCUCAGCGUGCGGUUUGUGGGCUACAGUGUUUCAAGGAAGGCACUGGUGGGCAGGUGCUAGUGCUAGUGACAGCAGCUCCUGCUACGAUCACUCGAACCUCUGCACUGCUCGUUGCCAGCCACAAUGAUCACCUACGCUUCUCUAUACAGCUCUCGAGAGAACGCUCUAUACAUACCCCAAUUUCCAGCGAUUCGUCCAGGAAAGUAGCAAAAUCAAAACAUGGCAUUGAAC